AUGGUGAACUUGAGUCUUAUAGGCUGUAGGAAAUGUAGAUCUUUACCACCACUCCAGCAACUACCCAAGCUCAGAGAGUUAUACAUUGAAGGUAUGCAUGAAGUACAACAUUUGGGGGAUGGACUUCCUUUUCCCUCACUGGAGAUGCUAAAAUUUGAGGACAUGCCAGCAUGGAAAGAAUGGUCUUUUUCUAUUUCCAUUGGUGUUGAAGAAUCUCGAAGUCAAUUCCCUUGCCUCCGCGAGCUCAGUUUGCGUGGUUGUCCCAAUUUGAUUACGGUUUCCCCUUUAAGGCUUCCCUCUCUUCAAAAAUUGUACUUGGAAGAGUGUGAGGAGGUGGUGCUAAAAAGUAUAGUUGGCGUGACCUCACUAACUAGCUUGGAAGUUGUGGAUAUUAGAGGGCUGUCUCAGCUGGAGGAAGCAUUGGUGCAGUCUUUGGUAGCACUUGAAAGUCUAGUGUUCGAAAAAUGCAACCAGCUGAUGGCUUUGUGGCAAAAUGGCGGCGAGGUUGCACAGAAAAAUAAUCUUGUCCGUUUACAGAGACUGAGAGUUGCGUCGUGCCCCCAACUUGUUUCCUUUGGAGAAGAAUUACAUGAUGAAGGGUUGCCUUGCAUUAAUCUUCAGGAAUUGUAUAUAAGAGAUUGUGAGAAUUUUGUGUGCUUUCCGAAGGCAGGUGUCCCGCACAUGCUUAGAUUAUGUCAUCACUUGAAACAUUAA